UUCCAUCAAGUCUAAGAUUAUGGCUCAUCCUCACUACCCUCGUCUCUUGUCUGCUUAUGUCAAUUGUCAAAAGAUAGGAGCUCCGCCGGAAGUGGUGGCAAGGCUAGAGGAAGUAUGUGCCACGUCAGCAACAAUAGGCCGUAACAGUGGCGGCAUUAUCGGAGAAGAUCCAGCGCUAGAUCAGUUCAUGGAAGCUUACUGUGAAAUGCUGACAAAAUAUGAGCAAGAACUUUCAAAACCCUUUAAGGAAGCCAUGGUUUUCCUCUCAAGAAUUGAGUGCCAGUUUAAAGCUCUCACUCUUACUUCCUCCUCUGAAUCUGUUGCAGCUCUAGGUGAGGCAAUCGAUAGAAAUGGAUCGUCUGAAGAGGAGGUUGAUGUGAAUAACGGUUUCAUCGACCCUCAGGCUGAAGAUCAAGAACUGAAAGGUCAAUUGCUGCGCAAAUACAGUGGUUACUUGGGUAGCCUUAAGCAGGAGUUCAUGAAGAAGAGGAAGAAAGGCAAGCUGCCUAAGGAAGCAAGGCAACAACUACUGGACUGGUGGACCAGACAUUACAAAUGGCCAUAUCCAUCGGAAUCCCAGAAGCUGGCACUGGCUGAAUCUACAGGAUUGGACCAAAAACAAAUAAACAACUGGUUUAUCAACCAAAGAAAAAGGCACUGGAAACCUUCAGAGGAUAUGCAGUUUGUGGUAAUGGAUGCUGCUCAUCCACAUUACUAUAUGGACAAUGUUCUCGGUAAUCCUUUUCCAAUGGAUAUUACACCAACUCUCCUCUAAAUUCUGGAGAAGGCCAAUUCCAACUUAUGAAAAUUAGAGUGAUUCUUGAAUCUUUAAAAUGUGUAGUAUUAGAUGUAUUAUCAAGGAUAUUUUGCAUAUUACUCGUAUGCAUAUCUAGUUGUUAUUGUAACUUCAAGGCUAAGACCAUAAGUACUUGUAGUUCGAGCUAUUUCUGUUAUGGUUAACUUUAUUAAAUUAAAUUUACUAGUUUGUUAUAUGUUU